AUGUCGGAGGAGGCGCAGGCACAGAUGCGCCCGUUACUACUACCAGACGAAAUCGACAAGACUGAAGUAUACCCAUUUGUACAUAUGAUCAAGGCCGACGUUACGCAUUUCAUAGAUACAUCAUUGACUUACGACGCGCUCACUGCACCGGAUCUCACCUAUACCCUUGUACGGCCCCUAGAAGACAAGUACAACGCCAUUCAACGGGAAGGCAAUAUGUCUAUCGUGUUCUGCUUCCUCCUGAAUCGCGUACACUUUCUUCGGGACCAAAAUUUGACUACGUCGGGCAUCUCGCGCACACGGGCGGCUCUAUGCGAGAUUCUAGCCAUGCGUACCUUGCGCGCCAACGCGGAGAGUACGCUGCAGCUGGCGCUGGCGCUGACAACCAGUUGGCCUGUCUACAACGGGGCGGAUCCGAGGGUUAUCCAACAAGCGCGGGAAGAACGGGACGAUGAUUUGGAUGACAGAGUGGGCAACGCGAUCGAGAUGGCAAUCAUCAGCAAAGCCAAGAGGUUCAUCAAGAGCUCUGCAUGCCAAAAAGUGAUAAACGGCAUAUGGAGUGGAAAGUGUGUAUACCAAGCGGAAAGCAGUCAUACCAUACUGUCCGAUACUUACAAACGCACGCCAAUCCAUUUCUACGACCCACACAAAGCUCCUUUGCUGGAUCACUACCGACUCAAGGUUCCUGCUGUUCGCUCCGUCCUCGAAUAUAUGAAUUUCGUCGUGCUGUUCAUACUCUUCGUCGUCGCACUCGAGUUCAGCGAACGCAAGACGAUCAAUACACCGGAGAUUGUGUUCAUGGUAUAUGCUCUUGGUUUUGCCCUCGAGAAGGUCGCGGCAUUGCAAGAGCAUGGGAUGAAAGUUUAUGUUACUGGGACCUGGAAUGGCUUUGACUUGGCGUUCGUGACGAUCUAUUGCACCUACGCCUCCCUGCGUCUGUAUGGUGUGGUUCAUGACAGCAAGUGGGCCCGCCGGGCUGGCAUGGACUGUCUUGCCAUGAUAGCUCCUUUGAUGUUUCCUCGACUGGCGUUUGUAACACUCAGGAAUAACCUCAUGGUUCUCUCGUUGCGAGCUAUGCUCGUUCAGUUCACGGCGCUGAUGUUCAUUGCCGCGUUCUGCUUUGGGGGCUUCCUAUACGCCUUAUGGACGUUGAGCCGUGACAGCGCUGGCUACUCUGGAGGGCAAAUUGCGUGGUGGAUGCUUGAUCUUUGGUUCGGGCUUGACGCAAGCGGCUUCGAGCUCGCUUUCAAGUUCCAUCCUUUCUUCGGUCCAGUACUAAUGGUGACGUACGCCUGCCUAAGCAAUACCUUACUACUCACGGUGUUGGUCUCGAUUCUUUCGCAUACAUUCUCCACCAUCAGCGAAGAUGCUCUUGCUGAGGCUAUGUUCCGAAAGGCUGUCGCAACGAUCGAGGGUGUUAAAGCUGACCCGCUUUUCUCCUAUCAGCCUCCCAUCAAUCUGGUGGCGUUGCUAAUCAUGUUGCCAGCAAGCUACAUCCUGUCCCCGAGAUGGUUCCACAAGCUGAACGUUUUCAUGAUCAGGAUUACAAACUUCCCGAUCCUUCUCACUGUUGCCUGGUACGAGAGACAAGCGAAGAAUACAGGUUCAACUGGCUUCUACGAGACGGUGGCUGCUACAGUGGAAAAGAUAUAUGAUACACUUCCAAGACAAAUCCGUCGCCUGACAUUCUUUGAGGGGUUAGCAGGCUCCGGGGGUGAUAUUGACGCGGUAUUCGAUAUUGAGGAGGAUAUGAACAGCGCUUUAUCGGAGACAGAGGAGUUAAGCGGCUUCCUGCCGUCGACCAGCAUUAGCACGGCCAGGAAACAGUCCAGUUCGUCCCAGAAACGUCAAUCUAUCUCCGAAAACCCGGCCGCGCCUCGUUCCGAGGCUAGUCCUGGAAAUCGGAAAGAGGAUCUGCCAGGACCAUCCACUCCUGCCCCCCGGCCUCGUCUCAUGUCUAUCAGUCGAGUCAUGGCUGACACCACGGGUCAAAUGCCCAGUCCUCUCGCGCAGAUUUAUCAGCCUCUCCCGGUCGAUGACAGCAUACUAGAGGAUGAAAGUGGUCCUCCACCGGUCGUUGGGUCUCCAGCAUUGAGCUUCGGUCCUGUUACGAGACGGCGACGAUUGUCAUCUCGUGUGCAGCCCCGGCUUCCAAGUGACGGAAGAGGAGGGCUCGGAGUGCACGUCCGGAAGACUUCGACGGGCUCUUCUCCCGGCAUGCGCCAUCGACCUCUCGCGGAAGAUACACAAACCGUAUCGCAGAGUCCAGAUCAAAUGCCGUGGCCCGAAACCGCGGGACAAGUUGAGGAGGAAGAGGGUGAACGUGGUAACGGCUCCUUGCCGUGGAUCAGACGGCUGGAAAACAUUGAGAAACGACAGGAGAGAAUCGAAGAGUUACUGCUGCAGCUCACUCGCCGUAAAGAUUUGUGACGGCACGGCCUCCAGCCAGGAAGAGGUCAGAACUGGCUCGGUAGUGCAACGGCAUGUACAUCAGUAGUCAUCGUACACUAGGCUAGGUU